AUGGCGGCCGUGGAUCCAACGUACCCCCUCUACCCCAUUGCUUGCCUUCUGGCAGCAGCGAUGCUACUCCUCUUGCUGCUGACCAGCUUUGUUCGCCAGAGUUGGAACCUCGGCGUCGCCCUGCUCUGUUUUUGGCUCUUCUUCGAGACCCUUACCGACGGCAUCGACUCUAUCAUAUGGUCCGAUAACGCCGACGUCGAGCUGUAUGUGUAUUGCGACAUCGUAUCACACAUGCAACUAAUCACUUCGAUUGUCAAACCUAUGGCCACCCUUGUCAUCACUCGCCGGCUAUAUCUGAUCACCACCCUACUUUCCAUAGAGCCUCACACAAAAGUGGCAAGACGCAGAGAUCUUGCGAUAGAGUGGACACUUGGGUUGGGUAUUCCUCUUCUGGUAGCAGGACCUAUCUACUACGUCGUCCAGGGUACUCGAUUUGAGGUCUUGGAGGGCUUUGGCUGCACCGACGCUGCCGAUAGUUCAAUACUCAGUAUCUUGCUUAUAUAUUCAUGGACCGUGUUACCUCCUCUGGUGUCCAUCACCGUGUACUAUCGUGUGUCAGCCCAUGUCGCUCGGAUCUUCUAUCGCCACAGUCGAGAAAUCAACCAGUUCUUACGAAGCAAUAACUCGGUAUCCCGCGCUAACUAUUUUCGGAUCCUUGUCCUUGCCAGCAUCGAUAUCCUGCUGACCUUGCCUAUGGGCGUUGCGACCAUCUUUUUGGUCGUGAAAGCCGCCGUAUCUUCCGGCAACUUCCCAUUUUACUUUGGCUGGACAUUCGACCACACGGGCUGGCAGCCGGAGAGCUUCUCCUACGCAUCAAUAGUGUCCGAAGGGCCUUUCAGCGUAGCACAAAUCUACUUCGUUCAAUGGACAUCGUCCGUCCUUGCACUUGUCAUCUUCGGACUCUUCGGACUUACAUCGGAAGCCCGCGCAUCGUACUGGCGCAUCAUAUGCACCGUCGGCGGCUGGUUCGGCUGGCAACCUAUUAAGCUUCGCGUGGCGCAUAGGUUGUGUUCGCCGCUGGGAGAUAUAGAGUUCGGCGAGCGUCCUGCUCAAAACUCUAUGUCGCUUGGUCUCGAAUACGCCCACCCGUGCAUCCACAAGAACUAA